AAAGUGCAACAUUGCUCUUUUUUCUUCUCUUAAGUAUACCAACGGUCUGCGCAGCAGGAAAUGUCCCAUUCAAGCUCUCUGAGGAUGUUUUGUUAAGUCGCUUACUCAGUUAAUCGGCUGGCAUGUGUGCAGUGAGACGUGGUGAACUCUAUGACCAUUGCUGAUAAAACAUUAUUCCGUGAACGUCUGUAAAUAAGAUAAUUGCAUGAUCAACUAGCUGUGAGUUCCUCUCAGCAUGGAAUCGAACAUCUCUGACGAAAAUGGAUUUUUUUUUUUGUAAAUUAGGAAUGAUAUUGAUUUAACAGACCAACAAUUAAAUUCAGGAUAUAUGUUAAUUAAAAUGCGGUUGGAAAUACCAAAGUGUAAUAGAUGUUUUGUAUUCGUUCCACUGCGUUACGGAAUUAUUAUAUUUGGAUACUUGAAUUUAAUUGUUGCGUAUGCGCCGCUCGCAUUCAUAUUAUAACAAUUAAAAAUAUUAUAUAAUAAUACAUAGUUACUUUACUCAUAAUAAUGCGUUGUGAAAUACCAGUACUAAAAAGGUGUUUUAUAUGUUUUCCCCUGCGUUAUCGAAUUGUUAUAUUUGGAUAUUUGAAUUUGCUAUUUGACCUGUUGGUACCGACAGUCGAGGCAGCAUGGACGGCCGAGGCAGAUUCUAUAUCAGACCUAACUGCCCGGACCAUGGUUACAUACAAAGGCGUUACAUUCUCCUCGCAGUUGUGGGUACUACUGCUACUCUAUCUGACUGAUAUCAUAUUUAAUAUUGUUCUACUCAUCGGAGCUCAUACGAAACGAGUAAAACUAAUGCAGAUAUACUACUAUUACGGUAUAGCAACAUUCUUUGGAUCAAUUAUCACGUUCCUAGUUUUGGAAUUAAAGUUAUUCUUCUUUUACAUGAGCGUUUUGGCGCUCUCCUUAACCUUCAUCGGAUUAUUAACACACGCAUAUCUAUUGCUGUUGGUGCGUUCCGAGAUAUCGAAGCCGCGUUACAAAGAGGACACGAAUCAAGAAUACGAGAACCAUUUGGAUGAACAUCACCCACCCAAUUGGCGGGAACCAGAUAUUGUGUAAUUAGUAAAUUAUAUAAAUUAUUUUAAUAU